AUGAUUUCCAAGGGUGUCAUUGGGUCGGUAAAGGAACGUGUGAUGACAACGAGUGCUCGGCUACUGACAUCCAGGCUGGCCUGGAUACUCAAGACAAUACCGGUAAAAAAUGCGCCAACGGAUACAAUAGGCGCAAGAAGCCACUUUACUGCAACAACACCGGCGAACAAAAAUCCUUUCCUCCCGGUCGCACUCGUCGAUCUUUUCCCCAAGCUACCACCUUCAGACGAUGUCCCUGCCUGGGAUAAGCAGAGCCUUGUAUCGGGUGGCGUGGCAGGGGGAGAAGCAUUCCUGUUUGUUCUUGUCGAUGGACCGUCUGAUACCGUGACCAACGUCAACAAGCGCGAUGGAUCCCACCUAGAGUUCGUUACCGGCGGUGUUCAUCAUGGGCAGGCUAGACAAACAGCGCACUUUAUCUGCAUGGAUGAUUCGGACACUAGCAACUGUCAUGAUAUGCAUGAGAACGGCAUUGACGGGACAAUUCUACGAAUGCCCGAGGGCAAAGGAUUCGCCAAGUAUGCCGUUGCCCACUCUGUGACCAUCUCAAAUUACACGGUUCCUCUCAAUCGACUGUCCAAACGUGCACCACUCGGGGCCAGAGUCUUCGAAUUGGAGUUUAGCUACGACUUUUCCAAAGUCAAGCGGGAUAGCUCGAAGGAAAGCGAGUUAUGGCAGGAGUGGAAGCGAAUCAUCACGGAAUUCCGCACAGAUGACUUUGUCGGAAACACGAAGCCGUAUUUGUCCAAUGAUGACUUCAAUGUCGGUAUCUACGGAUCUACCGGAGACGUUCAUGGAUGUUCCAAUGCUGGUUUCAUGAAAGUCAAUCUCAAAGGAAGUAUGACCGAUAGAUUGAGGUUUGGAUCUAGUAUGGUCGAAACAAUCUCGCCGGAACUGUCCUUAAAAGAGGCAUAUACCUUUUUCGAUACUAGUAUACGGAUGGAAGGAACUCUCGACGUUGAUGCCAAGGGUACUCUCAACAUCAAUAACCAACCAAGCUUAGUGGAAAAUCUUCUUGCGGACCCUAUUACAAAUUUCCAGGCUUCUCAUCCAGGUAGCAUAUCAUUUUCACCAGAGUUCAAUGCCGAAGUUGCCAUGGUCGGACAAGGAGAAAUCGAUGCGAAGUUCACUAUGAAAUUUGAAAGCAUGAGUGAUGGGUCUUUAAAAACCAAUGCUCCGCCACAUCUCGGUGAUUUUAGUGGCUCUGCCAUGCUAGAGUCAACCGUUAAAGAUCCGGUUGACGGGAAAGACACGGUCUUCGGAGUCAACAUCAAUCUAGAGUCUUCCCUGAACAUCGAGAUACACGAUUACUCCUCCACGGGGGUUCAGGCAGAGGCCCAAUUCAAAUCUCGCAUACCUCGCUCUAUUCGCGUUGUUGGAGAUACUGGCUCAGGAAAGCCAGGAAUUAUAGAGUCUCCCCAGCAAGCAUCCGUUGGUGUGGAGGCAGACGACAAGAUCAAGAUCGGAUGGUCCGACCACAAGGACCACUCCGUUAGAGAACUUCCAAAGCAAAAAGUCCUCUUCACCGGAGGUGAAAGGCCUGCAGAGCGAAAGGCCCCGGCUGUUGGGAAGGACAGUAGAAGAAUGCUGUUUGCAGACCCUGACGAGAAAUACAUGACAUGCGAGGACGAAGAGCUCGAAACCCCUGUCAAGUGUUCUUUCCGGUUCAGCCUCUGGGAUUCCAAUAUCGAACAGCCCGAUCCGCCUUAUAAGAAGCGCUCUCAUGAAGAUCACGUUCAUUAUAAUUCAUUGGUGGUCCGAAAGGGCGGUCCCAAUACCGGAGGACAAGGCCACUACAUCGUCGAAAAGAAUCCCACACACCACCAGGGGGGCGGAAACCAGUUCCCUUUCAUCACACCGACAUAUCCCAAUGGCAAUCAAGGGAAAGCCCUGAAUGACGAAAGAGGAUUUAGUGAUGCCUACUCUCUUCAGAAUCCCAGUGUGUGUGAUGACCCGACCAUCACGAAACACAGCACUUAUUUGAUAAAUUACGACACCUUGAAUUCGGAGCAUCCUAUUGAUCGUUCUGUGAUCUCGAACUUCUUCCUAUCUUCUUUGUGCAAGAAGGAACACUGA